CCCUUCUUUUUCGCCACCCGAUCCGGCAACAACAACGUACGUAACCUCCUCUCUCUCUCUCUCUCUCUCUCCCCUUCCAGCCGCGCGCGCGCACGCACGCCGCCGUCGUGACGUCGCCGUCGCGGUCGCCGCCAUGGAUCCGACGCCGCAGUCGCACCCGAUCCUGGCGUACGUGCUGUCGCGGCUCCCGUCGCUGCUGCCGGUGUCGCCGUCGCUGUCCACCCCGCGCGCGCGGGACAUCGAGCAGCCGUCCCCGCGGGCGCCGUCGGGCGCCGCGGAGUUCGACCUCGUCAGCCGCAUGCCGGGGCUCCGCCACCCGUCCGUCCUCUCCGCCAUGACGCGCGCCGUCGCCGACGUCUCCUCGGCGCGCGACGCGCUCCGCCUCCUCGGCCCCCGCCCCGACCACGAGCUCGUCGACUCCGCCCGCGCCUUCCUCCGCUCCCACGCCGCCGAAGAGGCCGAAGAGGAGGAGGAGGACGAGAAGGUGGCGAAGAGCCGGGAGGUGGUGCGGCUGGACGAGGCGCACGAGUCGUACGGUGGCUUGCUGCGGGAGGCGGAGGAGAGGCUGGAUCGCGUGUACCGGACGGCGAUGAGAGGGAGGGACAUGCAGGUGGUGGCCGCGGCGCACGGCGGUGGCGGGGAGGAGGAGGCCGGGGUGGUGGACGACGAGGUGGUGCGGGUGCUCCGGGACGCGGAGGAAGGGAAGGCGGUGGAGCGCCUCCUCCUCGCCGACCGGCAGCUCCGCCACCUGCCCGAGCAGCUCGGCCGGAUCCGCGGCCUCCUCGUCCUCGACGUCUCGCGAAAUCAGCUCAAGAAUGUCCCAGAUGCCAUAGGCGGGCUCGAACACCUGGAAGAGCUUCGCCUCGCUUCCAACGCGUUGGUCUCCCUCCCGGACUCCAUAGGCCUCCUCACCAGCCUCAAGAUCCUCGACGUCUCGGGCAACAAGCUGAGGUCUCUCCCCGACAGCAUCUCAAAAUGCAGGUCGCUGGUGGAGCUGGACGUGAGCUACAACGUGCUGUCGUACCUCCCGACGGGGAUCGGGCAGGAGAUGGCGAGGCUGGAGAAGCUGUGGGUGCACCUGAACAAGCUGCGGUCGCUGCCGUCGUCGGUGUGCGAGAUGCGGUCGCUGCGCCUCCUGGACGCGCACUUCAACCAGCUCCGGGGGCUCCCCGCGGGGAUCGGGAGGCUGGCGGCGCUGGAGUCGCUCAACCUCAGCAGCAACUUCAGCGACAUGCGCGACCUCCCGGCGUCGUUCGGGGACCUGCUCGGCCUGCGCGAGCUCGACCUCAGCAACAACCAGAUACACGCGCUCCCGGACUGCUUCGGCCGCCUCCAGCGCCUCGAGCGGCUCCGCCUCGACCAGAACCCGCUCGCCGUGCCCCCCAAGGAGGUGGUGGCCGGCGGCGUCGGCGCCGUCAAGGAGUACAUGGCCAGGCGGUGGCGCGACGCCCGCGCCGAGGAGGAGCGCCGGGGCAGCGCCGUCGCCGAGAGCCCCAGGGUGUCGACGCCCAAGGAGUGGCUGGUGCGCAGCGUCUCGUCGCUGGGCAGCUGGGUGUCCGACGUCACGAGGUACGGCGCCGGCCAGGACAAGGCAGCGGCGGAGGAGGAGGAGGACGCCUACCUCCAGCAGAAUCUGUGAUCGGAGAUUACAGCAUUUGCUUGCUCCGGUGCUUUCAUCCGUAUGUACAGAAGAACUACUGCAGACCGUCGCCGCGUCGUUCGUUUCGCAUCAGCCGUGUGUUUGUGUGUGUUUACCUUCGCUGAUUCCUUACCAUUUACCAUUUUUGUUGUUGUUGUUUUAACCGUUUUGCUGUUUAAAACUUUUAAACCCAGGUUACUGGACCACAGUGCCUGUGUGUUUGUUAUAUUUACCUUGCUGAUUCCUAACAUUUUUUUGGAGGUUUUCGUUUAACCA